AUGGAAGAAGAAAAACUCAUUCGAAGGAAGAAAAAAGCUUUGAACGGGAGUAACAGACGAAGUUUAGCAGAAGCUCAUAAUGAUUUGGCUACAUUUUAUUAUAAACAUAAUCGCUACAGUGAUGCUUUAGAUGAGUAUAGAAGUGAAGCGGCUAUUGUUAAGGAGUUAGGUCUGCGGAUGGAAUGGGGUACAUGCAACAGGAUGAUCGGAGAAAUGUACAUGUUGAUGGCUGAAUUUGACAAGGCUCUGAAGUAUGAAGAGCGCCAUUUAGCUGUAGCUAAAGAGCUUAAAAACUUGGUUGAAGAACAAAGAGCAAUGGCAACUCUUGGAAGAAUAUAUUUACUACAAGGACAAAGUACUACUGAUGAUUCUGAAGCUAGAACAUCAUUAAAGGCUGCUGAAAAAGCAUUUAUGAAGAGUCUAGUGUUGUGUGAAAACUUAAAUGGAAAAAUCAAUAAACAUGAAUUGAUGGAUAUGAGAGCUCGUUUACUCCUCAAUAUAGGAGUAGUUCAAGAACACCUUGGAAAUCUGGAUAAGGCAUUAGACUGCAUCAAUAAGGCUAUAUCAAUAUGCUCUAGUCAAGAUUUGUAUGAAGUCUUGCAUAACUGCUAUACUACUGAAGCGUUGCUACAUACUAAUAAGAAGAAAGAUUAUGCAAAAGCAUUAAGUUCCCUUAAUAAGGCUCUUGAAGUUGCUAAACGUUUGGAAGAUAAGGUCUUGAAAACAUGUGAAACACUCUCUUCGAAAGCAGACAUCUUAUGCAAAAUGUCAGAUUACCAAAGUGCUAAACAAGUGCUGCUGAAAGCUUGGAAGUUGAAGACUCCUGAUGAGGAAGAAAAUGAAAUCAUUGAAUCUAAUCUUAGAGUUGUGGCAGCGAUGUGUUAUACGGAAGACUUACUGAUAUCCGCGGACCCCACUGAUCAUGCUGGCUUCAAGAAACUCUAUGAGAAGUUAGGCGACGGGGCUUGUCAUCUACGUAACUAUGCAGGUGCUGUAGAAUAUUACCUGAAGAUGUUGGACCAUGCUGAACUGGCAGGGGAUUGUGGCAAGACACUCAUCCCAAUAUAUGUUAGUUUAUACCAAACAUACAAAGACAUGGGUUCAUAUAAUGAGGCUCUUGAUUAUUAUGAAAAAGAAUAUGAACUGAUAAAAGAUGUUCCAAAGGAAGCCUUCACAACAAUGUAUAACAUUGCUGAAACAUUGUUCUUGGCAAAAAAACCUUAUGACCAGAUUGAAAAGGCUUGUUUGCAAGCUAGAAGAGCGGCUCAAGAAUGGAACAAAAGAAAAUACGAAAUCAGGGUACUCAAAAGCCUUCUUAAGUAUCAAGAGGAAUAUUGUGAAACUGAUAAAAUGGAACAAACAAAAGAUGACCUAAGGGCCUUGGGCUAUGAUGACUUGGAUAAUUUGGAGAAUUCUGAAGAUGAACAAAGUUCUGCCGGCGGCGGGGACGAAGACACAACGCAUAUUGGCGACGACAUUUGUUUGGAUGACCUUACAGAUUUGUCAGAUACAAACGACGAGGAAAUAUCUGAGACAAAACGUGAAACACGGAAACGUGGGAAGGGAUACACUAUUAAGAAGAACAUGAAAGGCGAAACACAAUUGCAUGUCGCAUGCAUAUCAGGUAAUAAACUUCUUGUGGAGAGGCUGUUGGCUAAAGGUCAUCCAGUGAAUAUUCGAGACAAUGCAGGCUGGCUGCCACUACACGAAGCUUGCAUACACGGACAUAUUGAAGUAGUGAAUACUCUGAUCAAUAAUGGAGCCAACAUCAACGAUCGAGGGGGAUCUAACUGUGAUGGUAUUACGCCCUUGUAUGACGCAGCGAGCAAUGGUCACUUAGAAGUAGUCCAGUUAUUACUAGAAAAAGGCGCGAUACCCUCAUUAAAAACGGAUUUUGAUGAGACACCGUUACACGUUCUACAAAAGUGGCGUACUGGUAACAUACUUACGAAGGAUCAGGACACAUUAUACAACAAUAUUUGUAAGAAGAUCCACAGUUUAAUCGAUAAAACAAAUACAGUUGAUAUUUUUAGUAGAUCCAAAUCUAAAACCCCAGUGAAACCAAUCAAAGAUGUAUCUCCUCCCAGCACAUCGAAGAUGAACAGCAGAAUUAAAGAGCUGGCAUCCCCAGUUUUCAAAAAAAGAAAUAUUAUUGAUGAUGAAAGUGACGAUGAUAUCGAUUUGUCACAAAAUAUUAACAAUCAAAGAGCAUUCCCGUCUGAUGAUUCGUCAUCUGAUGACGGAAAAUUGAACAAGGAUAACAAAAAGAAAUCUUCAGGUGUUAAAGAAUACAGAAAUGCGAUAGAGGCACUAAGAAACAGAAGCAUGAAUGAUUUACCAGAGAUAGAUGUAAAGAAAUCAAAACUAAAAUCUGCUUUCUUAGACCCUGAAGAAGUUGACGAUGACUGGCUUGAUGACGAUCUAGGCAUAAACAAAAAUAGUAAAAAGAGAAAACUCAGCGACCCAAUUACUACAGUAGCUAAGAAACCUUCAUAUGAAAGUAUUAAGGACUCCAUAGAUGAAAUAAACAAGAUCACAGAGCCUUUAGUAGAAAGUAAUAGAUUUGUCCCUAAAAAGAAGUCGAGGGUUAGCGAUGUCGUCGAUGUAAGUGACAAUAGUUCAGAUUCAGACAAAUUUCGUAACGAAAAUAUACGUCCAAAGAUAUCGCCUAGGGAGGCAAUGAGGAAUAACGCAACGGCACUGAAUGACUCCAGAGACAGUAGGGACAAAAUGAAAAAACGUUGGAAGCGACAAAGUACUUUACUUAAAGCUGGCUUCCAAAGGCAAAGGGAUGAAGAUAAUUCAAGUAACAGCAGUAGCGAUACAGAUAUAAAUACACGCCGAGACAAAAAAUGUUCGAAUAAUUCUGUUAAAUUUUCCAGAAAAUCUUCAGGAGAAAACUUUAACUAUCAUUCCAAUGUGCAAUCUAAUGAUGGCUUUAACAUAGUACAAAAUAUAAACCCUAAUGUCGUACAGCCCAUGAAAGUGAUACAACCGAUAAAUAUUGUGCAGUCGACUAAAAACGGGCGACCCGUACAAACACAAAUACUACCACCUGCAGCUGUGAAAGUGCAAGUUGAAGACAAAGUGUUAUUGAUUUCGUUAAAGUUAGAUAGUAUAAAUAGAUUGACAAUCAGCUGGCUGGUUGAAGAAGUGAAAAAUAGAUAUUACAAACUAACAGGCGUCCGACCGAUAUUCAGUUUGAUGACUUCAGACGGCGCGAUACUCUCCGAAGACGAUCCUCUCAGCUUAGUGCUGUCGUCGCCUGAACUCAAGACGUGCAUCACUAACUGGAAGGCGUCGCCGGCCGAGGAGAGGUACCUCGAGUGCUGCGAAGCUCUGGGAAUACCUCCUUCUGAAGAAAUCCAACAAGCAGUUGGCCGGAGUCAUACAACGCAUCGACUCGCACUGGGAGCGAAAACAUUAUCUUCCUCUCAAAUUCGACCCUUAUUCCGAGCUCUGACUCACCAGACACAUAUCACGGCCUUAAUGAUAUCAGACAAUAAUAUAAAUGACGCAGGCGUUAAAUACUUAGCAGAAUGUAUGUGCACUAUGAAACACUUGACACAUUUAGAUAUAAGUAGUAAUAACAUUACAGGCGAAGGAAUAAAAAUGAUUUUAAACCUGUUUGAAAAAUCAAACCGUGUACCUUGUCAAUCUCUAGAAGAAAUCGACUUUAGCUCAAAUCCAAUAUCAGAUGAUGGCUUCAAGAAUAUUGUGAAAAUAUGCCAAUAUGUUCGAUUAAAAGUACUUAAAUUAAAUUAUUGUAAAAUAACUGAAGAUGCGAUUAAUGAUUCGAAUAAAUUACAUUUAAAUUUUGAAUCUUUGGAAUCGAUUGAUCUGAGUAAUAAUGAAUUAAAACUGCCGUUUGUCAGUUGUUUAAUGACGUCAUUGAAUCCUAACAUACUGGUAGAUCUGGAGUUGGACAAUGUUGGUGUGGAAGGAAAUGUGGUGGGGUGUAUUGCCAGCUUUAUGGACUCUGCUAAAGAAUUAAAAAUAAGAAGGCUUGGACUCUCGAAUUGUAAAUUAGUUGAUGGACAAUUUAUGAGAAUAUUCAGGAGUAUUGGCCGCGCUAAAAACCUCCAAUCAAUAGCCCUCAAGAAUAAUAAUUUGACAUUCAUCACACUAAAGAAGUUAUUACAACGACAACCGCCAGUUCCACAAAUCAACCUCCAGGGUUGCCAGGAUAUAUUCAAAUAUUCUCCCGAUUCAGAUUUUGUUGUGUGGUUACCAGCUAUAGACUUUGGCAGAUGUAUACCUGAAAUUAAUGUUAAUCCAGUGUCGAAAACAGAUGAAGAAAGGGAAAGUUUUAAAGCAUUUUCGAAAACUUGGUUAAAUUGUUUUAAAGGUAGAGGUAUGAUAGAACAUUGUGAAGGAGGCGUGAUUAGAUUUACAGCUAGAUGA